GUGACCCAGGCCAGGCGUACCGCUAUAAACUCUCCAGGUGACGAAUGGCGCAGGGGUAGACAAGGCCACGUAUUGUCCGACUUGGGCCUUUUAUUUUUGUUCCAAUUUUGGGGGGAAUGCUUUUGUAAGACUGUUGGAGGAACGUGCAGAUGAUUCGGGACAAGGUGGUUGUGGUUUGAUCCAUUCCGAGCGUGUCCCAGGACCCCGUACGGCCAUCUGAACUCGGGACCGUUAUCACGCCCAGCGCAGUGUUUAUAGUGUACGGUAGCAGCCAUGAAGUGGUCUGUCUGGCUACUGUGUGUUCUCUCUUGUCUGUGUUCCUGUGGAGCACAAGGCCAAUCCAUCAUCAGCCUUCCAGACACAGAGAUAACAACAACUGAGGCACCUGGAACAUUUGUACAGGUGCAGGUGCAGAAAGUAGGAACUACAACACAAGAUGUCAGCGUAUCAAUAGUGAUUGUUGGUGGGUCAGAAGAUUUUGUUGGCUCAUCACAAAUCCUACAAUUCUCUGCUGGGGGUCCAGAAACACAGACUGCGACUUUUGCUGUUAAUGACGAUGACAUACCAGAACCAGACGAAGUGUUCACCUUUACCCUGUCGCUGGUCGGUUCGUCAAACCAAGUAACCAUUGGCAACCAGAACAGUGGAACGAUCACCAUCUUGGCUAAUGAUGAUGCUUUUGGCAUUGUUGGAUUUAGCAUGGCUGAGAGUCUGACUGUCCCAGAACUGAGUAAUGGGGACAACCCAGUGGUGUUCACACUGAUGAGAGCCAGAGGAACAUCUGAUACUGUGUAUGCAGCAUUUCAGAUUACUGGUCCCAGCCCAUUGACUGACUGGAGCCAGUACAGUGGGAAUGUUUCCCUGCCUCCCGGUCAGGACCUGGUUGACUUCACUGUUCAAGUUCUGGCCGACAAUCUGCCUGAAGAGGAGGAAGUCUUUCAGGUGGAGUUGACAGACGUUACAGGUGGGGCGAACAUAAACCAGUCUGCCUCCAUGGUGCAAGUCACAAUCCCAGCCAAUGACAGCCCAGUCAGAUUCAGGCACACUACAUAUUACGUGAACGAGACAGCCGGAAGUGUGACACUAGCUGUGACACGUGGACUCGAUGAAAAUGACAUCCGAGCAGGCCCAGAUAGUGACACUGUCGUCGUAAGAUACAGUGCUGUGUCCGGUACUGCACAACUUGGAGAGGACUUCAACAUUAGUGAUACUCCUACAAUCAGUUUUGGUGCCAGUGUUUAUGAAAAUGAAUUCAGCAUUCCCAUCAUAGAUGAUGGCAUUCCAGAAAUAGAUGAGAACUUCACCAUCAGUCUUGCCAUUGCUUCUGGGGAUGCUGUUCUUGCCACGCCAAAUGUUGCCACUGUCGUAAUCGUUGCCAAUGACGACCACAACGGAAGGCUGAGCCUGGACAGGGCAAGAAGGGUGGUUGCAGAGGAUGGAACUGGAGAGUUUGUUGCUUUCACGGUGACAAGAGAAGCGGGAACCUACGGAGUAGUGUCUGUCAUGUGGGAGUUGAGGAGAGAUGAUGCAAACACAGAUCCUGUUGCCAAUGAUAUAGGACCAAUAAAUGGAACAGUUGACUUACAGGAUGGAGAGAGGUCUCAGGACAUUCUCCUGACCAUGGUUGAUGACAACAUUCCUGAGGAGGCUGAGACCUACACCCUGACAUUGCUGCCAACUAGUGUGACAGGAGGAGCCACUGUGGAGGGACCAAGUGAGGGACAGCUGAUUCUCAGGGACAGCGACGAUGUGUACGGCCGGCUGAACUUUGCAUCAGCUGGUCAGCAGGAGAUUGUCACUAAUGGGGAUGUGCGCAGUCUGCAGUUGGUCAUUUUGAGAGAGGGAGGCACGGUUGGGACUGUGACUGUGUCUUACGUGGCUCAAUACCACUCUCCUGAAGGACAAGUACAGACAGGUAUUCUGAACAGUACAGCAGGAAGUUUGACGUAUCGUCCUGGUGAAUCUCAACAACAGUUGGAACUUCAAGUCAACAGGGACGCCUUCUUGCAAGUUGGGGGAAGCUUUCAAGUUUUCCUUCAAGGUCCUGACGUUGACAUAACGCCAGCAGUAGCAGCCAGCAGCCCACGACUUGGGGACCGGGCCAACCUGACUUUGGCUGUCACAGAUGACAUAGCAAAUGGGGAGGUGGGCUUCACUGAUGUAACAGAGAGGAGGGUCCAGGAGCCUGAUGGUCCCGACAGCCAGAUAAUUGUUCUGACAGUUGAGAGAGAGGGAACUCUUGGUACUGCCACUGUCUUCUGGGGCAUGGAACCUGCUGCUGACAUCUCUUCUGAUGCCAGACCACUGUCAGGCGAUCUCCUCUUCCUUGAAGGAGAGAGCUUGAAAAACAUCAGCAUCGAGAUUCUCCCUGAUGAUAUCGCAGAGACAGAUGAGACAUUCACAGUAGAACUCCAAAGUGUGGUGCCGUCCUCAACACAGAAACUCAAACCUGGGUUUGAAACUGUGAACGUGGUGAUAGAGGAGAACGAUGAUGCAGGGGGAAUAUUCUCCUUUUCUGAUAGCACUGUUGGACCUUUUGUGGUGCAGGAGGGUGAGCUGAUCCUCUCCACCAUAAUUCGAGAUGGAGGUGCGCUGGUGCCACGUACGGUUCAGUACACCAUAGAGCCUAAUGGAGAAGCCAACUUCCUGGGUGGAGUGGGAGUGGCUCGGUUUGAAGUUGGAGAGACCAGUCAUACUGUAAGAAUUCAAGCAUUACAGGAUGGUGUUCCUGAGUUGAAUGAGACUUACACCCUGGAGCUGAGGAGCUUCAGCGGACAGGACCAGGCAGCCAGUGUGAUUGGCAGCCCCAGUACCAUCUCCAUCUCUGUGCUGGAGAAUGAUGACCCUUAUGGAGUCUUCUCUUUUGCUGAUACGGACGUCACAAUUAGUGAGAGCACAAGCAGUAAUGUGUACCCAGCCUCUUUACGAGUUGACAGGAAUAGGGGAGUAUUUGGCCCAGCCAGGGUGUCCUGGUACAUCUCACCAAACAACACAGCAGAUCUGUCACCAGUAGCUGGAGUACUGCAGUUUGCUGAUGGAGAGGGACAUAAAAUGUUGGAACUGCAGUCUCUUCCUGAUAUGAUUCCUGAAGAUGAUGAGUCCUUCACUAUCAUACUGACUGAACCGACCAAUGGUGCCUCCUUGGGUGCACCCUCCACCAGCACUGUUACAGUAGCACAUAAUGAUGAUGCAGUGUACUUCUCAGACCCAGAAGUAUACAUUAAUGAACCAGGAUCAGCCACUCUAACCGUCCGUAGAAACGGGUCAGCCAACUACGUGUCCAGUGUACAGUACCGCACAGUUGAGGACACUGCAAAUGAGUUUGACUUCCAGUUCACCAAUGGGACCAUCACUUUUGCAGUAGGAGAGAGGGAGAAACAGCUGGUGGUUACUUCCCUGGACGAUAACAGACCAGAGACCAAUGAAAUGUUCCGGGUUGAGCUUUUUGCAGCUACAGGAGACACUGUAGUGUAUGGGAAUACUGAAGCCAGAGUGUACAUCAGAGCAAGUGAUGAUCCUAAUGGCGUCUUCAGCUUUGCACCCGCUGAGCUGGACCAGGUUGCACCUGGGGAGGGUGUUGUAGUCAACUUCACGGUUGUAAGAGAAAGGGGCUUCUGGGGAGAAGUACAGAUCUGGUACCAGUUCUAUGACAUGUCAGGUUCCCCAGUUCCUGUUGGAGAGGAGUUUAACAACACCUCAGGCUACAUCACGUUUGCAGAAGGAGAGAUUGAACAGCCCAUCUCUGCUCUUGUAAUGGCUGACAAUAUCCCUGAGUUCCCCAAGAACUACACACUCAGGCUUGUCAAUGCAACUGGUGGCAGCCCUGGUCCUGGUGGUAGACUGGCUACUGAAAAUCUGGAGGCUGUUUUGACUAUUCCGACCAAUGAUGACCCGUACGGCAGGUUCAUGUUCCCAGAUGACUCCAGGAUGGUUGACAUUGCUGAGGACUUUCUUCCAGGAAAUGUGGAUAGCACAGGGGCAAACUUCACCAUCCAGAGAGCACAAGGAGCUGUAGGAGAUGUGGAGCUUGUGUGGGAAAUCCUCCCUCCCUCCCUGGCUGCAGCGCUGCCUAAGGUGUAUGACUUGUUCAUGCUGGGAACCUACACGGCAGCUGUACAACAGAGGCCUGGACGGGACAAGACAGGAACACUGGCUUUGUACUUCACAGGCUCUGAUGGAUCCUACCUGCAAGUGUCCAAUGAGUACCACCCCACAAGGGCCGAGAUCAGGUCUGGCUUCACCAUGUCCACCUGGGUACAGCCAGACCCUGACACAGAUGGGAUGGUCAUCUCCAAAACCAGCCCUGAUGGAGAGAAGCACUACUACUCCCUCAAACUCAGGACCACUGUGAAUGACACUGCACUCUGGUUCAGAUACUCUGUUCCUGGGAAUCCUGAAAAUCAGGUGCUGUCCUAUUCCACUAAUCAAGUCACCCAGGAUGGCAGGUGGCACCACAUGGCUGUGACAGUGGGGAACGGCAUGGUGGACUUCUACAUAGAUGGAUUACAAACUGGUGGAACAGCAAGUCUCCAUCUGAACAGUUCAUCUCCUUCCAUAGGGUUGGGCAGUACCACAUUACCCCAAGCCCUGGAAGGUGGAGUUCAGACGAUUGAUGAUGAAGCCGGGGCUCUGUUUGUGGGUGCUGUUUCUCCUGGAAGUGGAAACUUUACAGGCUCCAUGCAAGAUGUCAGGAUCUAUGCAAGAAAACUCACAUCACGUGAGAUCAGUUCAUUGGCUGAUUCAGAGGCAGCUCAGAGCCUAGGUCCUGUGUCUGGAUACUUCUCCUAUCCAGAGGGUGAAAGACUCCAGUCUGCACGUCUGCAGUCUGUACAAGAUGAUAUCCCUGAGCAAAAUGAGGUCUUCACCAUGGUGAUUAUCUCUGGGAAAGGGGGAGCUAAUGUGUCACCAGUGUAUGGCUAUGCUACAGUCACAGUUCUGAAGAGUGACAAUGCCAAUGGACUGUUUGGUUUCUAUGGACCAUGCACUCCCAACCCAACAUCAGAAGGCACCAAUGUCAGCUGCCCUGUCACCAGAUCCAGGGGGACCUUUGACUCUGUCACCGUGUCAUGGGUCAUCCGUCAAGUGUCUCCUAUGGUCUCAACUGAUGUCCAGGACUUUGUGUACUCUAAUAACAGCAUUGUCUUUCCCAUGGACGUUACUGAAAUGAAUAUUGUAGUGGAAGUGUAUGAUGAGAUGAUCCCAGAGUUGGAUGAGGGUUUUGAGGUGGUGUUGUCCGGGGUGGAGUCAGGUGAUGGUGUGGAGGGGACGACUCCCACCAGUGGUGCCAGCAUCAGUGCUGUAGCAGCAGUCAACAACAUCACAGUGGUGGAAAAUGACUACCCAUAUGGGCUGUUCCAGUUUUCAUUGAGCUCUCAACCUGCAUCUGGAGACCCAGUCAUUCCUCCUGCUACCAGAAACCUGACCCAGUAUGUUGCUGAAGAGUCUGGGAGUGUGACACUGCUGGUGGUGAGGGCACAGGGGUCUGUAGGGGAUGUGUCUGUGGAGUACAACGCUAUCUCCAACACAGCAUCUACAUCUGCAGACUUCCAGAAUGCUGUUGGGGAGCUGCAGUUCAGAGAUCAAGAGAGAUUCAAGACUAUCCAGAUUGGAAUCGUUGAUGACAACAUUGCUGAGUUGGAUGAAAUAUUUACAGUAGAGCUCACCAACCCAACUGGAGGAGGGGCAGUUUUGGACACAGGAAGAUUCAUGACAGUGGUUAUUGAGGCAUCUGAUGGUGCUUAUGGUACAGUCCAGUUUGCUGAUAACUCACUUGUGGUGACGGCUAAUGAGGCUGAUGGAAGAGAUUCAGUUGUCUCUCUUGAGGUUGUGCGUACAGGAGAUGCCCUUGGUGGAGUUACAGUGUUCUGGGAGGUGGAGUCAUACCCAGGCAUGGAUCUUGCUGACAACAAUGGGAUUGUGUAUAUACCACCUGGACAGAUGUCUGCAGUCUUCAAUCUCACCAUCAACUCAGAUGAUGACCCUGAGCUGGACGAGGAAUUUGUAGUUCGUCUGGUCAACUUUUCUGCCGGCCGACCUGGAGAUGUCAAUAAGCAGUCUGCUGUGGUUACCAUUCUGGCCAACGAUGAUCCCUACGGUGUUUUCCUGUUUGAUUCAACCUCACAGCCUGUGUAUGUGGAGGAAGGAAACACCACAAUCACUCUGAUGGUUGUUCGAGAUGGAGGACAGAUGGGAGAUGUAAGGGUGUUCUACAGGACACUGAGGAAUGGAGAUAACCCUCCUGGACUCCCUGUGGUAACUGGCCGUGCAACAGAAUCAGAAGAUUUCCAGUACCAGGAGUCAUAUGUUGACUUUCCUGCUGGCACCAACUCAACGGAAGUCCACAUCAACAUCUACGAUGACACCAUCCCUGAGGGAGACGAGUCUGUGUUUGUGCAGUUACUCAGAGCUGAACUUACAAGUGGAGGCCAGCAGAGGCCAGUGCCAGGUUCCCCUAGAGUGGGUGUGUUAGGUGAGGCGAUUGGAGAAGUCAUCAUCCAGCAGAACGACAAUGCCAACGGGAUCCUGCAGCUGUCCGCCACCAGUGUCAUGGUCAAUGAGGACGUAACUGGACCCUUCCUUAAUGUGACAAGAACUGCAGGUGCAUUUGGACGGGUGUCAGUGAGAUUUAGGACUACACCUGGCACUGCCAGGCCUGAUGACUACAACAUCAUUGCCUCAGACAUCAUCCUGUCUGAUGGAGAGGUCACCAAGAUGGUUCCCAUAGAGAUCGUGGAUGACCUUGACCCUGAGCUGCAGGAGAUGUUUACUGUGGAACUGCUGUCUACAGGACUAACCGGAGGGGCUGUCCUGGGUAACAUCACCCAAACACUGGUCACCAUAGACAAGUCUGAUGACCCACACGGUGUCUUCAGCUUUGAGGUCAACAGCCAUACUGUAGCUGAGCCAGAAUCUGGAACAACCAGUCUGCGGUUGACUGUACUGAGAUCUGGUGGGGCAAUGGGAACAGUGACUGUGGACUGGACAGGAACCAUCAAUGGUAUUGCUGCCUCUGCUGACAUACAGCCAGUGACUGGGGUACUAAACUUUGUCAGCAAUGACAGGGAGGAAUCCUUUAUGGUUGAAAUUCUGUCUGACAAUGUACCAGAAGAUGAUGAGGUGGUGGAAAUUACCUUAGUCAAGGCCACAGUAACCACAGAGCAAGACCAGGAGGCCAACAUUGACCCCAGUCAGGGUGUCUCAAGAAUCACCAUCCCAGCAAAUGACAACCCCCAUGGUGUGGUGCAGUUUGCCUCCUCUGGCUACCGUGUUCAGGAAAGCCUUGUUGGAGAAAAUACAGCUUUGAUAAGAGUCAACAGAAGCUUUGGCACAUUUGGGGACCUCAGCUUGUACUACAGCACUGGGAUGACUGACCUGAUAGAGCUGGCUGGUCAGAUGGGCCGUACUGUGAUGAGCUACUUCUCCUCUGCAGUCCAAGGAAGCAUUACCAAUGCUCCCACCACCUUUGUGGAUGUCUCUGGAGAGAGUAACCCUCUGGAGGCAUGUGCAAGAGUCUGUCUGCUGGAGAGGGCCUGCUCAUCCUUCCAGUACAGCUCUGCUGACAGGAACUGCUCCUGGAUGGUUGCUGUGGACGGCAGUCAAGUAGACACGACUGUCACUGGAACAGACUACUAUCAAAAGGAUACUGUUGAUGCCAACGAACUGUAUGCCAGCCAAGCACAGCCAGGUGUGGACUUUGUGUCACACCAGAGUGAUGUUAUCACCUUCCCUGGUGGUCUGCCAUUCUUCGACAUCCCCAUCCAAAUCAUAAAUGACACAGUUCCUGAGCUUGACGAGUCCUUCCUGGUACAACUUCUGCGAGUGGAACUGGCUGGUGGUGCCUCCGCCGUCCCAGAGAAUAACCCACGUCUGGGAGAUGUUACGGUGACAACGGUUACCAUAGAGACCAACGAUGCAGCCAAUGGGAUGUUUGCCAUCUACAGUAGUCGUCUGGGGCAAGGUGCACAAAGUAUUGAAGUGGAGGAGACUUCUCAGUCUGUGGAGCUGGUGGUGGAAAGAAUAGGUGGCACCAUUGGGGAAGUGAGGGUGAACUGGGCUGUUACUGGUGGAACAGCCAAUACUGAUGACUACAGGUCAAGCGGUGGUGCAUUCACAUUUCUGGAGGGGGAAACAAAGAAAUAUGUCGUUGUUGGAAUUGUUGAUGAUGUUAUCCCAGAGGUCACCGAGACAAUUGUUAUCCAGCUGCAAAAUCCUCUGGGUGGAGCCACCAUUGAUCCUGAUCAGUCUUCAUUCACCAUCUCCAUCCUUGCCAAUGACAAUGUUGCAGGGCGAGUAGGGUUCAGUACCAACUCCAGGUCUAUCCUUGGGCAAGAAGGCCAAGCCCUACAGCUGGAGGUGGUGAGGAACUCUGCAGCAGGCAGGGUGACUGUACCCUGGCACAUUGAGGAAAGGCAGAGGAAUAUCAGAGAACAGGGAUUCGCUGAAGUCAAUGGAACAGUUGUUUUUGAAGAUGGCAUUUUCUCAGAGAACAUUACCCUUCAUGUCCUGGAUGACCAAGUCCCAGAGACGAGUGAGGAGUACCAGAUUGUACUGAGUGAACCACAAACAGAAGGUGUGACAGUAGGGGGCAGUGCUGUGCUGGACCCUGUGGGUUCCACAGCUGUCAUCUCCAUCCUGGCCAGUAAUGAGCCACAUGGAGUGGUCGGGCUGGCAUCCUCCUCCAGACUGGUCUCCACAUCAGAGGGCAACAAGACCAUACAGCUGUUUCUGGACAGGAAGUUUGGAGCCAUUGGUACUAUUCGUGUAUAUUAUGAGAUCAUGAAUGGCAGCACGGUUGUCCUGAAUUCUGAAGUAGCCCUGGCCACCCCAAUGGAGGACUUCACUGCAGAAAUGGGAUAUGUUGAUAUGACUGAUGGAAUGACAUCCACCACUAUAGGCAUAGAUAUACUGGAGGAUGACAUUCCUGAGCUAGUGGAGGUCUUCCUGGUGAACAUCACAGAGGUCCAGCUCAUCCACCCAAACACCUCAACAUACCCUCCUCAACUUGAUGCAGGGAGUACCUUAGCCACAGUGUCUAUUGAUGCCAAUGAUGGGACAAAGGGUGUCAUGAUUUUCCCAUCAGGCAGUGCAAGUAUUUUUGUGGAGGAACGUGACCAGAACCUCACCCUGAUGGUGCUGAGAGACAGAGGCACAUAUGGGGACGUGUCUGUCAUCUACUAUCCUCAGAACAGGCAGGCAUCUUUAGGAGACGACUACUUCCUGGAUACUGAAACCCUGUUCUAUGCAGAUGGUGAAAACUUGCAUAACAUCACAGUCUCCAUCUUUGAUGAUGACAUCCCUGAGGGUGACGAGGUGUUUGAGGUUGUCCUGAGCCUGCCUUCCCCAGGUCUGGAGCUGGGACAACCAAGCAAGGCCAUCAUCACCAUUUUGGCCAAUGACGAUGCCCAGGGUAUCAUAUCAUUUGAGACAUCUGCCAACGUUUCACUGAAUGAGCCCACCUUGGAGUCCACGGCCAACAGCGUUGCUGAGUUGCGCAUCAUCCGAGGACCAGGAACCUUUGGAGAGGUCACCGUGCAGUACACCGUCAGACACUUGGACGGGUCCGCAGGAGUCAUGGACCUUCUGCCCACUGAUGGAUUUGUCAGAUUCCUGCCUAUGGAGGAUGUGGCAAUCCUAGAGAUCUCAGCUGUGAUGGACAAUCUGCCUGAGUUUGCAGAGAUGUUUGUGGUGACUCUGCUGGAUCCCAGUGGAGGAGCCAAGCUGUCAGACAUGACAACAGUCUACAUCACUGUUGAGGCAAAUGACUAUCCCUAUGGAAGGAUUGAUAUCUAUCCCUCAAAUCUGCCAAAUAGGACAUCCGUGUUGGAAGUGGAGGAAGAUGUUGGAACUGUGAGUCUGCAAGUGGAACGGUCCAAAGGCAUGCUGGGAACAGUGUCUGUGAGGUGGCAGACCAGGGGUGUAUCUGCUGUCAGUACAGCUGGAAGUGACACGGUCCUGGCCCUUGCCCAGACCAUUGAAGGAAGGGGAAUCAGAGACUUCCAUACCUUCACCUUUCAGGGUGACACUUAUUUCGUGGUGGUCAGUGAUGACCAGAAGGGAGCCCUGUCCAGUCCAGUUGGGAGUGAUGGUUCAUCAGAUGAGACACGGUUUACUCUUACUACACUAUACAAGUGGCAAGGAGCCUUUGUACCUGUUCAGACCAUAGAGACUGAUGGUGGCAGUAGCUGCACAUCGUUCACCAUGGAUGGGAGCACAUACCUGGCUGUAGCUAACUACGGCAGCGCUGGUCGCUUCCAGGCCAUGUCCAGAAUAUACCGUGUCACUUCUAAUGGAACACUGCUUGUGGUGCAAAACAUGAAUACUCUUGGUGCACGAAACAUUGCGUACUUCAGUUCAGCUGGAGCCCACUACCUCGUUGUGGCAAACUACAUGGACAAUGCGCAGCAGACCAACAUCAACUCACAGGUGUUACAAUGGAGAGCUGGCCAGUUUGUAGGUGUUCAAGGUAUCCCAACAUUUGGAGCAUCUGCACUAGAAAUUUUCCAGAUUGGAAACCAACAAUACCUGGCUAUUGCCAACCACUACGACUCAUCACAACAGAAUUUCCAGAUCACGUCUGCAAUAUAUCGUUGGGAAGGUAGUGGAUUUGACACGAGUAACCCCCAGACAAUCAACACACUGGGAGCAACAGAUGUGGAGUCCUUCCAGAUCAACAGUGACACCUAUGUGGUGUUCACCAACAGCAGAGACAACAGUGGCACAACUACAGUGACUUCUAUUGUGUACAAGUUUGACUCUCAGUCAUCCAGGUUUCUAGUCCACCAGAACAUCGACACCAACAAUGCUCGUACGGCCCAGGUGUAUGCUGCACCUAGUGGACUGGAACACUUGGUUAUUGCCAACACAGACAGUGCCUCUGAAGUCCUUGUUUGGAACAGCAUUGAUAACCUGUUCACAAAGCUCUUGGAUGGUCCAAGCUGCUACAGUCUGUACCCUGCCAUUGUCCCCACCUACAAUGGAGGGAGUACAAGUCUACUGGCCUGUGCUAACUAUGGCGAUGGGUCCAUGUCACUCACAUCGUCUGUCUUUGAGGUGACAACUACAGGAGAUGGGUCUGACUUCAUAGCAAGGUCAGGAGAGCUGACUUUUGAACCUGACAUGAGAACCCUGACUGUCAUCGUGCCCAUUGUCAACGAUGAGAUCCCUGAAAGCGACGAAUCCUUCACCGUCACUUUGUCUGAUCCGACUGGUGGAGCUGAGAUUGGCAGCUAUGGGGAAGUGACUGUCACCAUCCUGUCCAAUGACAAUGCACAUGGAAUAAUAGGAUUUGUGGAGGAUCAGUUGCAGACUGAGGCAGAGGAAACUGUCAGUGACAACACUGUGAGUCUGACUGUGGAACGUCUCCAGGGAACUGUGGGGCAGGUAAUCGUCAACUGGGAGGCCUCACGGGAUGCUGCAGCUGAUAUCAGCCCAGUGUCAGGACAGGUUGUAUUCCUGGAUGGAGAGCGAUACAGUGUGCUGACCCUGUCAAUCUUGGCCGACUCCUUGCCAGAGCUAGCAGAGACUUAUAUCAUCACCCUCACAAACAUCACUGAAUCUGGAAGCCAAAGACCAGAUCGGGGCUCCCAGCUGAAUCCCCAGAGGUCCUCAGUGCUGCUGACCAUCCUUCCUAAUGAUUCCCCACAUGGAGUGGUGGGCUGGACAUCAGAUUCCCUCAGGGUGAUUGUUCCUGAGACAGAAAGGCAGUCAACAGUCACUCUGACAAUAGGAAGAGAACAAGGCACAUUGGGGGAUCUCCAGAUUUCCUACAGCACUGCAAGUGCCAGUGGUCUGAACCUGCCUGUGUCCAACCUGGCCACACCAGGACAGGACUAUGUGUAUAAGAGUGGAUCAGUAAUCAUGAGAGAGAACAUCACACAGGCUACAGUUACUGUGGACAUCCUGCCGGACAAUGCCCCUGAGGGCGAUGAGACGUUCCUGAUGAACAUCACAUCCGUGCAGCUGUUGGGCUCCAGCCCCUUCAACUAUGGACCUGGCAUCCGCAGGCCUGGUCUGGAGUUUGCUGAAAUCAUCAUUGAUGAGAAUGAUGAUGCCCAGGGGUACCUUCAGUUCAAUGUUACAAAAAAUGCAGAUGGGCAUGUGGAGACGUAUGAAGGAGCGGGAACUGCCAGCAUGCUGCGACUGGAGGUGAUCCGAGUGGUGGGGAUGUUCGGCCCUGUCAGUGUGGACUGGGUGGCCUCACCCGGAACAGCACGACUGAACGAGGACUACAGGCCUGCUUCUGGCACCGUCAGCUUCCCAGAUCUCAGCACGUCACAGUACAUAGACAUUGUCAUUGUGGAUGAUGAUAUUCCUGAGUUUCCAGAGACCUUUAGUGUGCAGCUGCGGAACCCAACUGGUGGCGCCCAACUCGGGGUGGAGAUCAGUGUCACUGCAGUCAUCCUGCAGAACGACUCUCCAUACGGCCUCUUCCAGUUCCCUGACACAGAUCUGGCGAAGAGUGUGUCAGAAUCCCAAAGCAACGAUGACCCUGCUGGUGUGGUGGUGUUUACCGUGGAGAGGGUGCAAGGCCUGCUGGGAACAGUACAGGUGGACUGGAGGUUGGAAAGUGCUGCACAGUAUGACCUGACACCCAUGUUCGGGAGCCUGACAUUCUCACCAGGCCAGAUGACCAGUACAAUUACCCUUCGAACAUACCCAGAUGACAUCCUGGAGGGAGAGGAAAGAUUCACUCUGUCUCUCACAAAUGCCAACAAUGGUGCUGAGGUCUCCCCUGUCAGAGGGAGUGCUACUGUGAUCAUCCAGCCUAACACAGGGGCAGCUGGGAAUGUGUCUAUUGUUCCUGUAUCCAGAAAUGUGUUUGUGGGAGAACCAGAUGACAACUAUGAUGGCUCAGCAAGUAUCAGUUUGACCAGAGGAGUAGGGAUCUAUGGGACUGUGCAGGUCACCUGGCUGCUGACACCUUCGGAGGCUGACACUUUCCAACAGACAUCUGGAUUAGUGGUUUUCCAGGACAGGCAGCAAAAUGUAACCUUUGACAUACAGACCCGAGACGACAACGUCCCAGAGGUGUCGAAAAGGUACACCCUGCAGCUGGCAGGUGUGACAGGAGGGGCACAGAUCAACCAGGCCUCAGACACAGCGACCGUCACAGUUGUAGCCAGCGACUAUCCAUAUGGAAGAUUUGAGUUCCAACAUGAGAGGGUGACAGUGUCAGAGGACUUACAAGAGGUGGUUAUCCUGGUGCUGAGGAGAGAUGGACCCCUAGGGCAGGUACGCAUCACAUACAGCACAACCCCUGGGACUGCUACACCUGGACUGGACUACAGGACCAGGAAUGGAGAAUUGAUCUUCAAUGACCAAGAGGAGUUCAAAAGCAUAACUGUACAGAUACAACCAGAUGCCCUACCAGAAGGACCAGAAACUUUCUACGUCAACCUCACCAGUGUGCAACUGUUAGCACCAAUGAAUCCUGACUUCAGUAUCCAAGAAGGUGGACUUCAGCUGGACCUCCCACCAAUCAUUGGGUCCGUCUCAAUAGUAGAAGUCACCAUUCUGAAAAAUGACAAUGCAGAGGGUGUCAUCCAAUUUGCAGCAGAAGCUUUGGACUUUGCAGUGCAAGAAGAUGUCCACACUGCUCGAGUGCCAGUGGUCCGUAACUUUGGCACCUUUGGUCAGGUCACAGCCAAGUACACUUCUAGGAACAUUGGUGCAACACCUGGAGCUGACUACGAUGUCCUGGGAUCUGAAGUGGUCUUCAUGGACGGGCAGGAUCGGGCCAACAUCGAGGUCAGGAUCUACGAUGACCUGAUCAGAGAGUAUGAUGAGAAGUUUGAGCUGACCAUCACGGAAGCCACGGGUGGGGCGCAGCUGGGCACGGCUCUGACAUCACAGGUCACCAUAUCCAGGAGUGACUCUCCCAGCGGCCUGGUCGGGUUUGUUGGGGAGACAGACAUCAUCAUGGACAACCCAUCUCGGCAGGAGACUCUGACUUUCAGUAUAGAGAGGUCAGAAGGGCUGCUAGGAUCAAUUCAGGUGAAGUGGAGAAUCCUUGGACCAAAUUCAGACACACCAGUCCAGGUCACCAAUGAUCUGAUGCUGACAGACAACCCGACAGCACAAGUCCUGGAAGGGAUGUUCAACUUCAAUGCCAAUGAAGGAGGCCCCUCCUCCAGGAAGACGUUUCAGAUUACAGUCCAGCCUUAUCCUGGGCCAGAAGUACAGGAGGUCUUCAACAUUGUGAUCUAUGAGGUGGUUGGUGGGGCUGACAUUGACCAAGCAAAGGACAACGUUACACUCACUAUCCGGAAACAUGGUGACCCCAAUGGUGUAGUAGAGUUUGUGGAUGUGGAUGACCAACAGUACACUGAGCCCACCACUGAUGCUGGCAGAUCUAUCACUCUCCCUAUCAUGAGAACUCUGGGAACAAUGGGAGACAUACAGGUUAUGUGGGAGGUCCGACAGCAGACCGGCGGAGGUGGCAGCAUGCCCGCCUCAGCAGACGUCAGUCCCUCCAGUGGAGUUGCCAGUUUCAGUGAUGGUGUGGCUACUUCAGCCGUUACCUUCACCCUGCUGCCUGACAACGUACCUGAGCUGCAGGAGACCUUCUUUGUAGCACUGGUGGGAGUGCAGGGAGGCGCGGAAAUAGCAAACAACAAGAACACCACAAGGUUUUUUGUGAGUGCCAAUGAUGACCCGCAUGGAGUGUUUGCAGUAUUUGAGGAGUACCAGACAGUUAUAGUGACCACCGCCCAGUCCCGGGCAGUCCGUGUGAAUGUGACCAGACAGCAAGGAACAUCUGGCACCAUCAGGGUGGACUUUGAUAUAUCAUACUCUCAAGCUGCUGUGGGAAGGUCCUACACUACUGUUCCCAGUGGGUCAGUCAGGUUUGGAGAUGGAGACACUUAUGCCAUAGAAGAUGUUCCUGUCACAGAAGGGGUGUUCCUUCCUGUUGGCUCAACCUUUGUUGUGACCCUCACAGAUGUGGUGCCUCAGGGAACACUCGAGUCAGGUUUGCUGCCAAGGAUUGAUCCAGACCACAGAACUGCCAUGGCAGUUGUACCACAGGCUGCUGGCAAUUCUCAUAUAGGCUUUGAGUCCCUGGUGGUCAAUGUGAAUGAAGCCACCCUACAGGCUGAGCUGACAGUGACCAGGGUAGGAGCUUUCAAGCAGGUGACAGUGCACUGGCAGGCUGAGAGUCAGGAGAACCUUCCGGAAGGCUUCGUCCCAGGCAUCAUCAGUCCUGUAGAGUCCACCCUCACCAUGCCUAACGGUGUGUCAACUCGCAGCUUUAUUGUACAGCUUUCACCAAGUCCUGGUACCAGAGAACUGUUUGCUGUGCGACUUACUGCUGUCACCCCCGCUGGAGGGGAGGCGCUGCUUACUGAUGGGCGUCUUGUUGCUGAGAUUGAGCCAAAUGGAGUCAUACAGUUUGCAGUGGACUCAAGGGACGUAACUGUCACAGAAAACCAACAACAGGUCUCCUUGACUGUAGAGCGACAGUUGGGAGUUCUGAACAACACUCGCAUCAUCUACAUGACAUCAUCUGGGACAGCUGUGGCAGGACAGGACUUUGAGCCUGUCACCAGUGGGUCCAUCAUUCUGGAGUCAGGAGAGAGGACAGUGCAGAUUCUGGUGCCUCUGCUGCAGGACAGUCUGAAUAUCCCUGAACUGGACGAGGUCUUCUAUGUAAACAUCACCUCAGUGGAGGUGCUGCCCAGCACAAGGGAAACAGGCGUGUCCCCCAGACUGAACCCAGAGUUCUCUGUGGCUAAGAUCACCAUCCAACAGAACGACAACCCUCACGGUGUGUUUAGCUUCACACAGACUGAGGUCAUGACUACAGAGGACAGUACGGAUGGCACAGGCACCAAGAUCAUCUACAUCACAGUCAUGAGAACAGGUGGUACAUUUGGUGCUGUAAGUGUGUCAGUACGUUCCACCGGAGGGGGAGAAGUCUGGGCACAGAACCCUGAUGCACCUGGGCUACAAGCUGCCAUGGCAGCAGACAUGAGGGACAGAGUUACUGUGGGUCAGGACUACAGCUCAGCCUUAGACGUCACUCUGAGUUUCCAGGAGGGUGAGAGGGAAAGCACUGUACCAUUCAGCAUCACUGAUGACAGCCUACCUGAGCCAACAGAGGUGCUGUUUCUGUACCUCACUAACCCAACAGGAGGGGCCAGAGUAGCAAAUCCCAACGCUGACAAUGGAGAACAGGGUUAUCUUACGGUAGUCAUUGCUGGCAAUGAUGGACAAAAUGGAGAGAUAGGUUUCAUCACCAGGAGUCUGUACGAGGAGGUGUAUGAAGAUGAUACAGGCUCGGUGGACCUUGUCAUUGACAGGGGAAGUAACUUCUUUGAGGAUGUGAGGGUUUACUGGCGAGCAACAUUCGACAAAUCAUCUGUGAUGCUCAUCAAGGAUGGGGUGUCUCUGCUGUCUGAGCUGGAGGCUGUGCAGGGGGAUGUGCUGUGUGUGGCUGGCAUGGCCACAUGCACCAUCACUGUCCAGCUGGUCAAUGAUCUGAAGCCGGAGUUCCCUGUGAUGUUCUACGUGCAGCUGUACCAGGUUGGACCUGGUGCACAGAUCAACCCUGCAGCAAGCUUUGCAGAGGUCACCAUGGAGAACAGCGACUAUCCCUAUGGUCUGCUUCAGUUCAGCCUGGAGUCCCGCUCAGUUGUUCUCAAUGCAGCAUCCAGGAUAGUUCGUCUGAUGGUCAGCAGGGAGUUUGGCUUGACCGAGCAUGCGACAGUGAAGUACCGGACCCAACAGUCAGGCACGCAGACGGUCGCCGGGGUCACCAUGUACCCAGCUGUGGAAGGGAAGGACUAUGAGCGGGCUGAAGGACAGCUAGAGUUUGUAGCUGGGAGGAGUGGAGCUUCACUGGAGAUCACACUCACCCCUGACACAGCAUCGUCUGAGUUCUACCCGAAAAGGUUCCAAGUCCAACUGUAUGAUGCAGAUCCCCAGGAAGCUACAAUCAGUACUCAGUACGGCAUCGCAGAUGUGACAAUUGCUGUUGAUGAGACCACAGAGGACUUGUGGGAGAUCUGGGCAGAGGCUCUUACAGAUCGUUCAGACAGGAGCAUUGACCAGAUCUUGGAGCGCCUGGUGACAGCCAGCGAUCCAGAACUGACACAAGAGCAGCUGGGUGUGUCCCUGAACACCAUGGAGCAAAUCAUCCAGGAGGGAGAGUCUCGGGAGUUAAGCUCCGGAUCUAAGACAAUCAUGUACGAGUUCUUCUGCAAGCUGCUGGACUCAGAGAGGAUGGACACCAGGGGUUGCUCAAAGUGUAAUGAGCUUCUGAAACGGUUUGCCUUGAUGUUACUAACAGGAGUGUCCUGCAACCAGGUCCAACCAACCAGCUUGAUUUUAGACAGCUGUCCCAAUCUUGUAGUGUCUCCUAUCCGCCAAGUACCAAACAGAAUCAAUGGCUAUACAUAUGAAGGCAAGAGAGGGGACUACUUCAAACUUCCAGAUUCGCUUCUGUCUUCCCCCGGAACACCAAAUGUCACCUGCCAGGACCUGUACUUUAUUGAGUACACCAGUCAGCAGUGGUUCAGCCCUGUGGACUCUCCUGUUGUUGGACAGAAGAUCAUCUCUGUCUCAAUGAGGGACAGAGAAUUCACAAACCUGAACCCAGACGACCCUGUCAAGUACCUUAUUCACACCAUAGACCAACGGAUCACACCAGAAGGUGCAAGCUGUGUUACAUGGAACCCCACAUCUUCUACUUGGCAGACAACUGGCUGUAGAGUUCUGAACGAUCAGUCCAACUAUGUGGAGUGUGCGUGCACCCAUAUGUCAGACUACGCAGCACAAGCCAAGACAGACAACCUAGCCGGGUACACUAACUACGUGUAUGCAGCCUGCUUUAUCACCAUUAUUGGAAUGGCCCUGACCAUCCUGGCCCACCACCUGUGUAACAUGUACUCCAUGUUCUCUUACAAGUUGCACAUGCAUCUGGCAUUUGCAUGUAUGGCCACUCAGAUUGCUUUUACUGUGGGAGCAUACAUCAGCAGUACCUUAGACCAGGGGAGCUGUGCUGCACUCGGCAUUGUUCUUCACUACUUCUUCCUGGCACAGUUUACUUGGAUGUUCAUACAGGCCAUCAACUUCUACAGGAUCCUAGUGAUGAAUGACGAGCACACAGAAAACAAGUACAUGCUGUUCUUUGUCCUGGGCUGGGGCCUUCCUGUUCUGGUGGUGGGAGUCUUCAUCAUAGUGGUGUUUGCUGUGUGGCAGUGGGACAUUACUACACUGUAUGGAGAUGUCCAUGGGAAUGGAGACAUGUGUCUGAUUCCCAACGGGUAUGCUGCCCUGGCUGGAGUGGUGGGUCCUGCGUUGUUGUGCCUGGUGGUUGUCAUUGGAGUGUGUUUCCAGGCCUACCAAGUCACUCAACAGUGGAAGAUGUACGAUGACAUCUACAGGGGACGCUACAAUGCAAACGAGGUGCCCCUGAUCCUGUUUAUGUACCUGUUUGUGGUUCUGACCUGGGUGUUUGGGGGACUACACCUGGCUUAUGGCUACCUGUGGCUCCUGGUCAUCUUCUGUAUCUUCAAUGUGCUACAGGGUGUGUAUAUGCUGGUGGUUUAUGUGCUCCUGAGGAACCAGCUAUGCUGGCCUGUGAAAGCCAGCUAUGAGCUUCAGACUCCAGCUGAGAAUGGUGUGAUGCCUCAGAUUGUGUACAGCCAUGAUGGGUCGCUGGCUGGCAGUACCAUGAAACUGGUGGGACAGGAUGACAUUGGAGAAUCCAGCGACUGGGGCCAUGACGGGGUUGGAUCCCUGACUCCCUCCAACCUGAAGAAAUACUCCCCAGCCACACCCGGCAACAUCUACAUCACCACGCCGACCCGCUCACCGGUAGACGAGGAGGAACUACAGGAGGAGCAGGAGUUUGAUGAUCUGAUCUUCGCCCUGAAGACAGGCGCACCGUUCGACUCCAGCGGGGAGGAGGAGCGCCCACAGUCCAGGAACCAGAGUCAGCUAACAAACGACCUGGAUUAUAGCGGGGAUUCUAACGAACACUACGAAAUGAGAAGGAUUAAUAUUGCUGACACACAUCUUUGAUGACCUCAGCUCAGCCCACAGCUGGGUGACUUUUUGAAGAAGAGCAGGGAUUUUAAACAGAUAUAACAGCAAAACAAGGAAGACUUUUCUACACAAUUUUAAUAACAAGUUGCAGAUAAUACUUAGUGGAAAAUUAAGUUUUAUAGAUGCAAGGCCCCUAAAGGUUUUGUAAAGAUUGAUAUUUUUUUGAAAUUUUGAUACUAGGAUUGAGUGGAAUCAUCAGUAUUUUGCUAAUUUAGAGUGCUACGAGUCUGGACUUGCUGGUUUUGUUUGUUGUUUGUUGUAAAGUGUAUUCUAUUAUCUUUGAUGUAAAAAGGUGCCAUUACUGUUAGAGGCAAAGAUGAUUUAGUGUUGCUGUAUCACUAUGCAAUAAGAGUAUAACUAUGCAAUUAGUGUACUAUAAAAUGGCUACAUUGUGUGAUCACAAAACACCUACCUGAACAUGACAUUGUCAGUAUGGACUAAUUGCAAGCAGAUUUAUGCUGUAUUAGCUUCAAGGACUACAAGUACUUCACACAAAACACAUCAUGCCUGACAUUAUGCACAGCUCUUUUCUUGCCACCAGCCGGUCAAACUCCAAAAUGCAAAAAAAAAUGGAGAGUGGUCUGGCUGAAACUAUUUUCCAGUAGUAUCUAUGCAUGUAAGACGUUCAAUAUAUACUGUACAUACAUUGAUUCAACAUGUCCGUCCAUUGGCCAAACAAUUUCAUUUACCAUUUAUGUAGGUAUUAGGAAGGUUUAUUCUCAAGUGCAUAAAAUGCAUUUGAAUUAUAUUGCACUAACGUUACCUUGUGUUAGCUAGGCUUUUAUGAGCUGAAAUGGGUGAUACUGUAAACAAAUGUUUUUCUAAUUUUAUGUAAUGUGUGAUGAAAAUUGUGUGAAAAUUUUAUAGUGUUCAAUGAGUGUGAAUAAAUUAUUUCUUUCUUAAA